AUGCAGGAUGAGCAGGCCGCCCAAUUGAGGUCUUGUGUCGUGCCGUGGCACUCGAUACCCGUGGUUCAUGUUUGCAUAAAGGAGCGUAGUUACCACCUCUGUCCCACCUCGAGCAACGAGGCCACCAUACCGCUUUUUCAGUAA